AUGCCACUGACACAGAGGCCGGAAAGGACCAUCCAAAGUGCGCACGCACAACCUGGCGGCUCUCAAUCAACCUACUCAGACGGUCGCGAAGAUACAUUUGAUUCGCAGGACGAGGAGGACUAUUACGACGACGACGACGACGAGGUUGACCCCUCGGACUCCGCGUCUGCGAGUAACGGCCCGACUUCUCAUCUAUACCAACCUCGAGGUCCCUACCGAUCUCACAGUCAACAUCAACGCCAAAAUCAACACGUCGUCCCUCUGUGGCGAGGCGGCGGCUCCCCGGGAGCGACACACGCUCCAUACGCACCGCCACAGGGCGACCAGGGAUCGGCUGAUUUCGGCAUGGGCGAGCACUACCCUCAAAGGCCGUACCACCAGGGGCCGCGGGCAAGGCGGCAGAACGCGUACUAUGGCAAUGGAAACGGCGACCCGCAUAGCCAUGCAGAGUAUGCUUCAGGACAGAGGGGCCAUGGAGGGCCAGUCGCUCCGUAUCAGGGUAUGGGUGGCAUGGUACCUUUCGGCCAGCAGUAUGGCAAUAACCCCUUUGCUGCGCAUGGUCCCAACGGUGCCAGUUUCUACGACAGCCAAGCCCCGUAUGCGAUGAUGCAAUACGGUGCCCCUGGCUUCUAUGGAGACCCCCGCCAAUAUUCAAUGCCACAGCAUAUGCAGCAGUAUCAGAUGGCUCCCGUGCCUGCGGCUACAGAGCACCCGGGUAGAGAGGUAACGCCUGUCCCAAAGGAGGACAUCGAGAAAAAGCGCAUGGCAGACGAGCUUGCAGCCAUCAAGGCCAUGCAAGAAGAGGCCAAGGCAGCUGAAAAAAGGAAGGAAGACGAAGCUCGCAUCAAGAAAGAAGCUGAGGAAGCAUUCAAGCAACGAAUGGAAGAGGCCAGAUUAUACAACGAACGGGCGGCGGCGGAAGUAGCCAAGGCUCGAGCUGAGGCUGAGCGAGCGGCCCGGGAGAGGAUUGAAGCGGAGAGGAAAGCUCAAGAAGAGGCUGCCAAACAGCGCGCGGACGAUAUGAAGCGCGCGGAAGAGAAUGCCCGAAUGAAAUUUGAGGCAGACCAGAAAGCGGCUGAAGAACGAAGGCGGAAAGAGGAUGAGGACCGCAAGAGAGCUGAAGAGGCUGCCCGCAUUCGGGUUGAAGCGGCCAUCAAGGCCGAGGCCGAAGCGAGGGCGGCUGCUGAGAAGAAGAUGGCUGAAGAGGCAGAGCGUAUUAAGAAGAUUGAGGAAGAUGCCAAGCGUAAAGCUGAAGCUGAUGCUGCGGCCAAGGUAGAGCAAGAAAAGGCGGAUGCGAUCGCCAAGGCCGAGGCCGAAGCAGCUGCCAAAAAGGAGCAAGAGGAGCUCAAGAUGAAAUGGCAAGAGGAGGCGAGACAAAAGGCGGAAAAUUCCGCUAAACAAAAGGCGGACAAAGCGCCCAUUCGCUUCAAGGACGCUGUCGGCCGCAAAUUCAGUUUUCCGUUUCAUCUUUGCCAGACUUGGGCGGGCAUGGAAGAGCUCAUCAAGCAAGCUUUCUUACAGGUUGAUCUGCUGGGCCCCCACGUCCAAGAAGGGCAUUAUGAUUUGACCGGCCCCAAUGGGGGGUACCAGGACCUCCUCGCCGAGCCCGGGGGGAAGUUCCUGUGGCUGAUGUUCCUCGACAUCCGGACUGGGCACGCCCUCGUCCCGGCCCUCCACGCGGCGUUGAUGUUGUGA